UUUUGGAUCUUAAGUCUCAAUUCUCAAACUGGGAAGAGAAAAGGAGACAAAGAAGAACUAGGCAUAAGAGCUACCAGGAAGGUUAUCUCAUCUUAUAACUCAAUACUUUUGAGAGAACAAAGAUGGUUAGAGCUCCAUGUUGUGAGAAGAUGGGAUUAAAGAAGGGUCCAUGGACUCCUGAAGAAGACCAGAUUUUGAUCUCUUACAUUCAGAAGUAUGGCCAUGGCAACUGGAGAGCUCUUCCCAAACAAGCUGGGCUGUUAAGGUGUGGGAAGAGUUGCAGACUUCGAUGGACGAAUUACUUGCGACCAGAUAUUAAGCGAGGCAACUUCACCAAAGAAGAAGAAGACACCAUCAUCAAGUUACAUGAAAUGCUUGGCAACAGAUGGUCUACUAUCGCGGCGAGGUUACCGGGAAGAACAGACAAUGAAAUUAAAAAUGUUUGGCAUACCCAUCUCAAGAAGAAGCUCAAACAAAAACAUACCAGCCUUGACAUCAAAACCCAACCUUAUUCAGAGCCUGUGAGCUAUCCAACCCAUCUGAUGAAAAUGGAGAACAACCAAGGACUUGCCUCUGUGUCUCCUCAAAGGUCUUCCAGUGACUUCUCUUCCACAGGAACAGAGUCCUCUGUAGUGACAACAAGUGAGAAUUUCAACAAGGAUUCUUCAGUAACUUUCCCUGAAAUUGACGAAAGCUUCUGGUCUGAAACAUUAUCAUCGGCGAAAAAUUCCGGCAUGCCGGAGCUUCAACUUCCGUUUUCUCUGGACUCAGGAUUUAGUAAUAACAAAGAUAUUGAUUUUUGGUAUGAUCUCUUCAUAAAGGCAGGGGAUUCAUUGUCACUAGAUUUGCCAGAGUUCUAGUUAGAGCACUCACUUGGAAGAAUGAAGAUUGGAUUAUUAGAGACUUUCUGAUCUAAUAGAGAUUGAUUUUAAUUGUUGGUGAUGGUUAUCAACUUGGAUGAGAGGGAUUAUAGACACAGAUAUAAAUGUAUUAUUACUAACUAACAUUUGAUCAAUUAA